AUGAUAGUAGUUAGCUGCCUAGCAACCACCAAGAGCGUGCCAAUACCGCCGAAGCAUUACGUCUACGGUUCAUACUCGGCCUACUUCGCCAGAGGGCUGCAGGUGUACAUUCGCCAGCUGCGAGUUGCCCUGCAAGGCAAGACUGGAGACGUACUGAAGACCGAAGAGAACAAGAUCAAAGUGGUGGCUCUGAAGAUCACCAACAACAUCAACGUUCUGAUCAAGGAUCUCUUCCACAACCCACCGUCGUACAAGAGCAGUGUCACGCUGUCCUGGAAGCCUGUCCAGAAGGCUGAGACUGUAGCUCUGAAGCGCCCGUCCGGGGAGGAUAUGGGUGCAGGCAGUACCAUGAAGAAGCAGCUGUCCCCCUGCCCCGGAGGGAUGCACGGCAGAUCUACAACCCCCCCUGGUGGCAAGUACAGCGCCACCAUCGGCAACUUCUAA